UAUUAGUAAAGUAUUGGCCUUUUGCUUGUGAAAGUUUUAAUGCGGUAAAGAGCAGAGUUGCAGUCAAAUAGUCGUCUCCACCUGGCCCCGUCCCAAACAACUCUGCUCACUGACACAUCGUAUGUGCGUUUGUUACUGUGUGUGUUCGUAGUUGGAAGAACUCAGAGCCACUGUCCAUUCUGAGCUGCGUCACAAACGUAGCAGUGCAAGAUGGUGGAAACGAGCCAUUCCUUGAUUAGAUUUAAAAGGCUUUUUAUAAGCUAAAUGAAACCAUUCUCAAUGCCAGGCCAUUAAACACUAAUGAAAAAAAAUAUAUUCCUAUUGUAUUCCAUUUCUUAAUAUUCAGCACUGCUCCCUUAAGAGAAAAAAAGAAUCACAAAACUUGACGAGUCACGUUUUAGUUUGAGCAGAUGAGGCUGUAGGUUUCCAUUACUGGGAAACAAAAGUAAAGCGUGUUACCACAUAACCCCAGACUCCAUAUGCAAUAGCCCCGCCUCCACGAUUGGCUUUCCCAUCAUCGUCAACAUUUAAGGCCGCGUGCGCAACACUAUCAGAAAGCAGAAGUUGGACAUUACUUCUACAUUUCAUAACCAGUUACAAAUGUACCUUUUGUACAUAUUUUACAUUUUGAGUCCAACCUAUAAAACCUGAAAACCUGAACUACACGCUACAACGGGUCGGUGAACCUAUAAAGCUGCGUGGCCAAAAUCGUAUCACUUACACCAGAGAAGCCGAAGCAGCAUCAACGGCAAGAACCAGCCACACUAACUUGUUGAAACAGCUGAAUGAUGAGUGCUGAUCAGAGUGAAACAACCUUGGGGUCCAAACUGGAGGCCCUGCAGUGCCACUUUACCUGGAUUCUGGAAUACAGCAAGAACAAACUUUUACAUUUAAGGGACAAGCUGGUGGACAUCGGGACGGAGGAUGGAAACAGCUGGCUGGGUCACAUCUACAACCUGAGGGGCUUCAUUCAGUGCAAGCUGGGCUCCACUGAAGACGCCCUGAGUUUCUUCCUCCAGGCUGCAGAGGCCUUCGGCCAGAUGAGAAGGGCAGGUGAAGGUCCCUGGUUGGUGGUGAAUUACGGGAACCUGGCUUGGCUGCACCACCUCCUGGGAGACCAAGCAGAGAGCGAGGCUUACCUUUCAAAGGUGGAAGCCAUAAAGAAGAAAUACCCAACUCCAUCAGAGGACGAGCUCCAUGCAGAGCUCUACGCUGAAAAAGCCUGGACCCUGAUGAAGUUCGGCACAAAACGAGAGCUGGUGUCAGAAUACUUCCAGAAAGCCAUCCAGAUGCAGCCAGACAUGGUGGAGUGGAACACCAGUCACGUACUGUGCAGCAACUCAUGGUUAGAAGAUGACAUCUUAGAGAAAAUAAGGCUCGCCCAGGAAAAGGAUCCGGAGAACUUGCGCCUUGCAGUUUACUACCUUGAGGAACGUGUUAGGAAAGGGGAAAUAAUUGAAGAUGAAGCACGCCAGUUGGCUAGAAAGGUUUUGAGAAACCCCGUCAGUAGCUACAGUGGUCUAAAAGGGUUACUAAGGAUUUAUAGAAACCAUCUAUCAAUUGAUGAGGCCGUUGAUCUGGCAGAGGAGGCUCUGCAACAUCAUCCAGAUGAGCGCUAUUUGAAGAGAUGUGCCGCACUCUACUAUAAAUGGUUGAUUUAUUCUAUCUACAGUCGACCAGAUCAGAGGACGCUGGACAGAGCCAUCAGUCUCCUUAAGGAGGUGAUUUUUCUAUACCCUCAUUGUUCACUUAUGAAAAAAGUAGACCUCGCGAAUAUACACGCAAAGUCCAAUCACAGCAAGGAUGAAGCUGAGCAAAUCUACCAGGAACUGCUAAAAAGUGAGAUGGAACCUGCAGAGAAACAGCUGCUUUACAACAACUACGCAAAAUAUUCAAAGUGCGAUCGAAGGGAGUACCAAAGGGCAAUAAGGUAUCACAUGAAGGUGGCGACCAUACCGCAUCAAUCCUCCUUCCGUAGGAACAGCAUUAAGAUUCUGGUGGAGGUUGUAGAGCGGCACAGGGACUCAAUGUGGAGAGAGGUAGAGGAGUUUCUGGAAAACCUGAAAGAGCCAUAGUGUUUUUAACACUAGUUCUAAAAAGGUUUUGUGAUGGUCGGUUGGUCCAAACGGCAGUAUCACCCAACCCAUAGGUGUAAUAUUGUUGGGUUUUUUUUUUGCUUGUCUAUGAAAAUUACGCUAUGCAUCGAGCAGUUACCCCAUCUUUAAAACUUUACACUACAGUCCAGUUAAUGGAAGAAAAUAUAAAAGAUCUAGCAAUUUGUAUGAAAGGCUGAACCAUAUAUGAAAGUUAAGAUGAAUUAUUUCUUUAUUGACAAAAUCAUUGGAGCAUAUCUAUUUAAUUAUAUUAUUUUCCAAAAGAUAAAUUAUGCAAACUGAAUGAGCUGUAAUAUGUGUUAUUUCAACUAAAUGUAACUUUUAAAUAAAAUACCUGGAGCAUCAAUCACAAGUUGUAGGUGAUAAUCUUCUCCGCAGGAAUCGAUCUACUUCCAAAAACACACAAAAAAGAUGACAAAUUAGGGUCUUUUUUUUCUGACAAAUGUCAGGUCAGAGGGUGAAGUUCCUUCUUAACAUACAGAAACAUAUGUUUUAGUUUUGCACAGAUCCCAAAGGGAUCGAUGAAGGCCAGAACUUCAUGAAAAUAACUUUAUAUUAGAUUUUUUUCCUCUGGAAGGGUUGUAACAAAAAGAUUGAGACUGACAAACAUGUAUUAUUGGGCUCUUUGUGUUUAGACAGUAUUCAGUAACUUAUGGCUUAUGUUCUUCAAUAAAGUAUUUGGUAUUGAAA